UAUAUCUAAUCACGUGCCGAAUAGUUUAACUUGCCUUUUGCACCGCCUCCUAUUGUGAUACAUCCCCACCCGCAAGCAGUCUAAUCCGCUUUGACUCCUGACACCGUGCAACAAUUCCCGACCGUAGGUGACCUUUAGGUACCGACUGUAACCUAGCAUACUUCCUAGCGCACUUUCGAGCCCUGCUAACAGCUGGAUAACACCUGCCUUACUUAAGGUACUUUGACAGUUUUAGCAGCAAUCCGACCGCCUGCCUUAACGAUUGCCUUAACAAUUGUACCUAAUUCCCCCCCCAUUCACAACUCCACUACUCAGGCAACCAACCGAAACCGUGACAACGGAAGAGAUUUGGGAAGUGCCCGUAGAGAUUUUAACAACAUUCGACUCUAGACUCUGGACAUAGCGCCGACCUCGACCUUUUGUUAUAGUUGCAUCACAUAUAGGCCCCACGGUCUAGCUCCUUUUUAUCUAUCACCGCCGCUACAGUCUCUCCUGUUCUCUUUGACAGUACUUUACCUCGACCGCAAGUUUAUCGCCCAACAUGGCCAACGACGAAUAUGAUUUCCUCUUCAAAGUGGUGUUGAUUGGAGACUCCGGCGUCGGAAAGUCCAACCUACUUAGUCGAUUCACCCGUAACGAGUUCAAUCUAGACUCCAAGUCGACGAUUGGCGUCGAAUUUGCGACUCGAUCCAUCCAAGUCGAUUCUAAGACGAUCAAGGCGCAGAUCUGGGAUACUGCGGGCCAGGAACGAUAUCGCGCUAUUACCUCUGCGUACUACCGAGGUGCAGUCGGUGCGCUCCUUGUCUACGACAUCAGCAAGCACCAGACCUACGAGAAUGUCACGAGAUGGUUGAAGGAGCUCCGAGACCACGCCGAUGCUAACAUUGUCAUCAUGCUGGUCGGAAACAAGAGCGAUUUGCGGCACCUCCGAGCAGUACCUACGGAGGAGGCCAAGGCGUUUGCCAGCGAGAAUCACCUCUCUUUCAUAGAAACUUCUGCUCUCGAUGCCAGCAACGUUGAGCUUGCCUUCCAGAACAUCCUUACUGAAAUCUACCGCAUCGUUUCGAGCAAGGCGUUGGAUAGCGGCGAGGGUGCCCAAGCUCCGAUGGCAGGCACCAACAUUUCGUUGAGCAAGUCUCCUGACGAUGCCGCGAAACAGGGCGGGAAGUGCUGUUAGUUCAAUACUCGCGACGAGAUGAUACGACGGUUAUACGGUUGAUAUGACAUUACGUAUAUGGCGUCACGUAUGGCCCGGAACGAAUACACUUGUGAUAGGGUGAUGCGUCAUGGGGGUUCGGGAUAUUGACCUUACACAGGACAUGGUUCUCUUGUUUUGUUUUCCUGCUUUUACUGAAGUUCGUGGCCGUAGCCUAAGAUUUUGACAACUAGGGGUCACGGACAAUGUCUAAUCUAACACACCCGACGUAGUUACUAAAUGCUAUCUUUCUCUUGCCCCUA